GGUCCAAUUGAGAUUCUUCCGUCAUCCGGCACCGCCUCUUGACCUUCAUUUCUCGGGCUCUUCGUUCGACCAUACCGCAUCUUCUGUCUUUAUUUCCUCAAUUUUAUUUGGAGAUUCUCAACGGAACUAGUUUCAAUUACAUUAUUCAUGACAAAAAAGAAUGGCCACCGCUAAGACAACAACAGCGUCUGGAAGUGCAGAACCCUCAGUCCUCGAAGAGAAAACUGAAAUUGGUGUAUUAAAGACGCCGCUUGCAGCUCCCACCGCAGGCAGUGCUGUCCCUGAGAAACCAGCACUUACCGCCGAUCAGCAAACUAAAUAUGACUGGCUUCUAAAGCGUGUGAAGGGUUGGACUGAAGUCCCUUCGACCAAAGACAAGAGCGGUCCUUUAACUGAUAAUGAGAAGAUGUGGUUGACAAGGGAAUGUCUGUUGAGGUAUCUAAGAGCUACCAAAUGGCACGAGAAGGAGUCAGAGAAGCGUCUGCUAGAAACUCUAGCGUGGAGAAGAGAAUACGGCGUUGAGGAGUUGUCCGCUGAUCAUAUUGGCCCUGAAAACGCCACUGGGAAACAGAUCUUAUUGGGUUACGACAAGCACGGCCGUCCCUGUCAUUACCUAAACCCAGGCCGCCAAAAUACAGACGUAUCCCCUCGACAAGUCCAACAUCUUGUUUUUAUGCUCGAGCGAGUUAUCGAGCUUAUGCCGGCUCAACAAGAAACCCUAAGUCUUCUCAUCAACUUCAAAACCAGCAAAAGUCGCUCGAACACAGCACCCGGCAUCAGCCAAGGCCGAGAAGUCUUGCAUAUCCUUCAGACCCAUUACCCUGAGAGGCUCGGGCGAGCGAUGAUAAUCAACGUUCCAUGGGUUGUAUGGGGUUUCUUCAAGCUUAUUACGCCUUUCAUUGACCCGUUGACGAGGGAAAAACUAAAAUUCAACGAAGACAUGACGCAAUACGUGCCAAAAGAACAGCUAUGGUCGGAAUUCGCGGGAGGCGAGUUGCAGUUUGAUUAUGAUCAUGAUGUGUAUUGGCCAGUAUUAAUAAAGCUUUGCGCAGAGAAACGUGCAAAGCAGAAGCAAAGAUGGGAAGCCGGCGGCAAGCAGAUUGGCGAGAGGGAGGAUUAUCUUAAAGGCCAUGACGCUCAGGGAAUAUCGCCUUCGCCCGGUUACUCCGCCGAGGCAAGCACUUAAUGAUGUUCCAAUAUAUUAAAGAAAUGAACAGUUGGGAGAUAGACUGCAUAAGAACGCAUUUCCAUGAGGAUAAUUUAUUGAUACAUUAGGUGGUCCUAAAACACCUAGAAUUGAUCGGACUGGUAUCUAAUAUAUACAUAUGUACCUACUUAAUUGUAUGAAGCUUUUAUUGGAUCAAUAAUUAUAGAUUGUGAGCUAA